AUGGAAUCACAGCGCGAAGUAUCUAUCGCUGAUGAUACGAAGAAGAGGCGCAGAGGAGGCCAAAGAAAGAAGACAGAACGUCACACUCCGUGCGACGAGAAGAAACCUGUCUGCGGCAAUUGCGAGCGGCUGAGGUUAUCAUGUCGGCCCUUCGAGCCCAUCAAGCAGUCUGCGUGGUCUGCGCCCGACGGCACCAAUCAUCUCACCCGUCGUCCUAGGCAGCAUUUUCAGCAGCAGCAGCAGCAGCAGAACCUCUUCCAGGCAGACGAAGCAGAGGCCAGCUUCCCAGGAACCCUGGACUCGACAGGUGUUCUCUUCACCGCUCACAUGCCAGGCCCACCUUGGAACACCACCGCCGGAACCUCGCCCUCCCCGCCGAAGCAGACGGCCAGCAUACCGCACCCGCAGCACCCGCAGCAGGGUGUUGGUGUUGUUGUUGUUGAAGACAGUAAUGGUGGCAACGGUGGCAGUAGUAGUACUAGCGAUAUUAUUAGUCGUGCUCAAGUGACACUGACUGCGGAGAUGGUACAUUUGCUAACCACCUAUCGGACGAGCGUGGCGACCUGGAUGGAUAUAUUCGACUACGGCUGCGCGUAUCAGCUUGAGGUCCUGCGCCGCUGUAUGACGUCUAAGCUCCUUGUACGCAGUGUAUGCGCCUUUACGGCCAAACAUCUGAGUCUUCUUCCUUCGGGAGAUGUGUGGGUGGCCCCGGCCACUCGCUACUACGGUGAGUCCCUGCGUGGGCUGAUCGGCUAUAUUGGCACCGGUUCGGUCCCCGAGGAUGUCCUCACUGCUACGAUUCUUCUCUGCAGCUACGAGAUCAUUGCGACCCAGGGGGAAGAGCACCAGCGGCACCUCGCCGGCGCGAAGCUUCUGAUCCUGAAUCGGGGCGUCAGUGCCUCAUCGGUUGGCCUGGACAGAGCCAACUUCUGGAUAUACAUCCGGCACGAGAUCACUGUGGCCCUGUUCAACAAGACGACUCUUCAGAUCAGCCCCAGGGACUGGAGGGUCAACUGGCGGGAGACGGAGGUCGAGGAGGAUGUCCUGGCGAACCAGCUCCUCUGGCUACUUGGCAGAGCCAUUGACGUCGUCUUUCGUCAAGAGCAGAGCGUCUUCACAACAACGGCGACAUUGUGCGAUGAGCGGCAAGAAAUUUAUGCUGAAGUCGCAACCUGGUUCCGUUGCUGGUCCCCGUCGUUCAAGGGGGUCAAGUACGGCGAACCGGACGAUCAAGGCUUCUCCAAGUUUUCGGCCAUCAUCGGAGGCGUACUGCGCUCUCGAGCUGACCAAGCCGAUGCUCUCUUAUUAUCUCCAGCUGCCAAGCACAUUACCGGCAUCAGCAGGAAGAUUCGCCUUUGGAAUAUGCUAGAUGAUAUCGAGACUCGUCUCGGCUUCCGCACACGGGAUCAGGUCAAAAAGCUCAAAGAGCUCGUCGAGACCAACAUUUGA